AUGUCUCAUCACAAACUUGCAACAGAUAGGAUCAGUGGUUUACCAGACGAGAUUCUUUGUCACAUUCUCUCUUUUAUUCCCACCAAACAAGCCAUUUUCACUUCCAUUCUUUCUAAGAGAUGGAUUCAUCUAUGGCGCCAUGUUCCCGCACUUUACUUCAUCAACAAGAAACUCAAUUCUAGCCAAGACAUUCAUCACUUCAACCAAUUCGUCAAAGCCGUUUUGCAUUCGCGGGACAACUCUCUUAGUUCUCAUUCCAUCAACAACCUUGCUGUUCAAAGCAAAAUUCAAUAUCUCCAUCUUUAUCUUCAUGCUCGUCUUAAAUGCGAAACAAUACCCCCUAAAUUGCCUGCUAGUAUACUCAGUUGUACAACCCUUGUAGUUCUUAAGCUUAGUUGGUUCUAUGUGGAUAAAGUUUCUCCUUUUCCUUUAAGAUUUCCCUCACUCAAAACUCUAGAUUUGAAAGAUAUGAACUUUGAUAAAUGUCAAGAUUUUAUGCUGCUUCUAGAUGGAUGUCCGGUUCUUGAAGAUCUUCAACUAUCAUAUAUACACUUCAUUCAAAGUUUUAGACACUUUGAUUUUGAACAAUUUGAAAAUUCAAGCUUAAGAAAGUUGAAAAGAGCUCAUAUCACUGACUGUUAUUUCCAUUUUCCAGUGAAAGCACUAGCAAAUGUGGAGUUUCUACGCGUAGAACUAUGGAAGGGUUAUACUUAUCUCCCCGAUGGUUUUCCUACAUUCCAUAAUUUGACUCACUUGGCGGUCAACUAUGAUUGUAAUUUAGCUGUACAAGUGCUCCAACAUUGCCCUAAGCUUCGAAAUCUUGAACUUUAUCCGAAGUUAAAAUAUGCUUGGAGGGAUGAGUACAUUACGAAAGAUGAUGAAGAGCUUGUUCCAAUCUGUCUUUCAUCAAGCCUUACAACUUGCACUAUUCGGGACUUUGUAUCUACAACGCUAGAAAGUCUCAUUAUGUUAGCGACGUUUAUUAUGAAGAAGGCAAGAGUUUUGAAAACCAUGACAAUCUGGAGCAACAGAAAACGGUUCUCUGAAAUAGAAAGCAAGUUAUCAUCAUUCCCAAGGGCUUCUGCCACAUGUCAGCUUUCAUUUCAAUUUAUUAACUUAUAUGAUACAUAA